AUGGAAUUCCGCCGAAAAUGCUCAAAAUCCGCAAUGCGACACAAAUCCCAAAAACGAAAAACUCUGGCGAACCAAGACGUUGAAAAAGUUAAUGAGAUUUUCAAGUUCCCCAGAGUCUCUGAAACUGCUCUAAUGGAUGGGAUUCUCAAAGUUUCGUGCAUUGUAUCGUUCAAAAAUGGGAAUCAGAGAUGUUUCGAGGGAUCAAUUUCUGUCAAAGAGUUGUGCGGACUGAGAAAUGGAACAAAAGUUUUCAAGUUCAUCGAGUUGGCCAAUAUCAGAUUAUACAGCAUUGACGAGGAAGACGAGAUUCCAGACUACGAUUGGAUCAUUUCAAUUUAG